AUGGGAGAGGAGCUGGCGCGCGGGUUGCAGGCAUUGACACGAGCAACGCAGCUCGAUGCGCAGCUGCGAUAUGGUGAGGCGGUGCAGGCUUAUCGCGACGGCAUUGCCCUGCUCUACCUGGCCUAUGGCGACAGCUUCAGGCAGACGCUGCUGCAAAAGAUCGGCGAGUACCAGAGGCGGGCUGACCAGCUGGCCAUGCGCCUGGCAGCAGGAGCUCGACCACCUCCGUCAUCGUCUGCGGCACAGCCACCGUCACACCACGGCCUUGACAUCCCCAAGCACGCCCUCGCUGCGCUUGCCUCGACCGGCACCGCGGGUCCACCAACACCCGGUGGCCUUGGUGGUGGUCUGCCGCAGCACCACUUCGCCGACGAGGAGGACCGUGCGCUGAUGGAGCGCGUCAUGCAGCUUCGCGUGGAUGUGGUGACCAGCAGUGCUGGUGGCGGCGGUCAAGGCGGUGGCCACGGCAGUCAAGGCGGCGGCCGCUCGGUCGAGGAUGUCGACCGCGAGUACAGGGAGCGGGUGAAUCGGUUGGCCGGCCGCGAGGUGAUCGCUGACCCAUCGGCCGCGACGCGACCGUCGAUACUGGACGCGGAGGAGCUCACUGAGGAGGAGCAGAUCGAGCGGAUCCUGAACGCCGUCCACGACGACGUGCGGCUGGAGAUCCUAGGCGGCCCCGUCGCUGUUGCCACCACUCCCACUUCGUCAUCGCUGCCAUCGGCCAAGAAGAAGAAUGAUCGACCGGGACAUCGGCGGUCACGCAGGCGCGGACGACGCGCGAGCGACAGCGACACGAGCGAUGAUUCGAGCACUGACGAGAGCGGUGAUGACGAUGAGAGUGAUGGUACCGGCAGCAGCAACGACGACGAGGAGGCCGAGCGACGGAGGAGACGAAGAGCGAGGAUGGAGCAGGAGCGCGACCUGACGUUCGGGCAGAAGUGGGAGCUGCGCAAGAAGGAGCGAGAGGAGCGGAAGGCGGGCCGGCGAGAUGCCGCUGACGCUGACCCGCUACGCGAGCGGGAGAAGGCCUUCAUGGCCAUGAAGGAGAAGGAGGAACGCGACAAGGAACGCAAGUACCGCGCCGAGUUCAUCAAGAAGUGGGGCAUGUGA